GAUAUGAUUCACAUAAUUUUGAAUAUUAUUGUUCCUGUCUUUUCCAUAAUUUUCUUUAUUUUUUGGGUGCCUGGAUUUUGGUUAUCUAAUGUGAUGAGAAGAUGCUAUAAAUCUGUGUAUCCUGAAGAGCUCUCAGGCAAAGUUAUACUUAUUACUGGAGCUUCAUCUGGCAUUGGUGAGCAUUUGGCUAUUGAGUUUGCGAAAGAGGGGGCGUAUCUAGCAUUAGUAGCACGACGGGAGAAACAACUUCGCUUGGUAGCCCAAAAUGCUAAGGCAAUGGGGUCGCCAGAUGUAAUCGUGUUACCAGCCGAUAUUUCCAAAAUUGACGAUUGUAAAACAUUUGUGUAUCGAACGAUCAAACAUUUCGGUAAAUUGGAUUACCUUGUAAACAAUGCUGGUGUCAGUUCACUUGGUUUUUUCGAAGAACAAAGUUGUUUCCACAAUCAUGCUUCAGUCUUGGACAUAAACUUUUGGGGAUCCGUUUAUACUACACAUUUUGCACUUCCGUAUUUGAAGAGGAACAAAGGAAAAAUAAUAGCUAUUUGUUCUACUGCAAGUUGGUUCGUAGGUCCAAGAUUAUGCUUCUACAACGCAAGUAAAGCGGCGAUGCUAAGUUUCUUUGAAACGUUGAGGAUUGAGGUCGAUUCAGAUAUUGAUAUAAUUGUAGUAACGCCGGGAAUGGUCAAGACGAACUUAACCUUGGAUACAAAAUUAGAGAAGGGAAAUGCAUUAUGGAUACCAGCUCUAUCAUCUAGUACGUGUGCUAAGGAUAUCGUCAAUUGUGCCAAACGCGGAGAUAACUAUCUUACAAAUCCUUUUUGGAUGAAGACGGUGUUCUUAUGGAAGAUGUUGUGUCCUACGGUUCUAAACGCGACUAUGAAACUCGUGUUCAUAUCUAGGGCGCCGGAUAGUUCGUCAAAGAAAAGCAAUACCUUACAACCAGAUUUCAACUUAACCUCUUGA